AUGACGAAAAAACGCAUAGGGCAGGUUGGCGGCAGUAGUCGGCGGUGGGCGGCGGAUUGCCGUUCUCAGAGGUCGAUGUUUGACAGUUUUGUUGAGUUUGAGAAGUAUGACAAUGGAAGCUUGCAAGAUCUGAACCAAUUGAAGGAUGAGAAUGCCUUGCUUUUAGCUCCUUUUGAUGAAGCCGAAGUCAAAGAAUCUAUUUGGAGUUGUGACGGUGAAUUUCAUGAGAAAGCAGUGUUGCCUAAGGCGAUUACUGCUUCUUUUUUUACUCUUAUACCGAAGAAGGAUCAUCCUCAGGAUCUUUUUGACUACCGUCCUAUAUGCCUGAUUGGAAGUUUGUACAAAAUUCUAUCUAAAAUCCUAGCAAAUCGUUUGAAAAAGGUGUUGGGAACUUCGAUAUCCAUGUGCCAAUCAGCUUUUCUACCUCAACGACAGAUUUUGGAUGGGGUAAUGGUUCUUAAUGAAAUCAUCGAUCUCGCCAAAAGAAGGAAGGAUAGUUGUUUAUUGUUCAAAGUUGAUUUCGAGCGAGCAUAUGAUACUGUUAGUUGGGGCUUUUUGGAAGGUAUGAUGCGCAAAAUGGGCUUUGGUGAAGGUUGGUUAAAGUGGAUGCGAGUUUGUAUCUUUGAGAGCUCGAUGUCUAUCUUGGUUAAUGGUAGCCCGACAGAGGAUUUCAUAGUGGGUAGAGGUCUUCGGCAAGGUGAUCCUUUAUCUCCGUUCUUAUUUUUAAUUGUAGCGGAAGGCUUGGCUAGUAUGAUGAAUAAAGCGGUUGAUAUAAGAAAAUUCAAAGGUUUCAAGAGCAAUGAAAAUCUUCAGUUUCAAUUUUUACAGUUCGCUGACGAUACCAUCAUUAUGGGAGAAGGUAGUUGGGCAAAUGUUUGGACCAUUAAAUCCUUACUUCGAGGUUUCGAACUGGUGUCUGGACUAAAAAUUAAUUUUGUGAAGAGUAAUCUUUAUGGAGUUAAUAUUGAACAGAGAUUUCUUGAACCAACGGCUACGUUUUUAUCUUGUAAUACAUCAGUAGUUCCGUUUAAAUUUUUGGGAAUAUCGGCUCCUUGUGGUGUUUUAAAAAAUAUAGAGAGAAUUCAGGGGACUUUUCUUUGGGGUGGUGGUGCUGAGGAGAAGAAACUUUGUUGGGUUAAAUGGGAUCAGAUUUGUUUACCUAAGGAGAAAGGAGGUUUAGGGGUAAAAAAUCUUGAACUCUUUAACUUGGCAUUGUUGAGCAAAUGGAGGUGGAGAUUUUUUAACCAUGAUAAUGCAUUAUGGACUGAAUUACUUCGACACAGGUAUGGGCAUCUUCCUUCGUGGGUGAUGGGCGGUCAUGAAUUAGUUACAAGUAGUAAAGCAUCCUUUUGGUGGCGAGAUGUUAUCAGUUCAGGUCGCGGCCUCAAUGAUGAUUGGUUCAGGUCCAACGUUAGUUGUCGUGUUGGUAACGGUAAUGAUAUUGAGUUUUGGAAUUUCAAAUGGUUUGGGAAUCAUGCUUUGCGCGAUUUAUAUCCUGAUUUGUAUGCAAAGGAGACUUUUAAACAAGCUAAAGUUUCCGAGCGUUUGGGAGGUGCUUUAUCGAGGCAGAGAUGGAGGUGGAGCUGGCUUGCUCCUUUAGACUCGACUGAUGAUCAGAGUAUUUUAGAUUUACAAGGAUUGUUUGCUGGUUUUUCUCUCCAACUUUCCAAUUCAGAUAAAUGGCGAUGGUUACCGGAUGUUAAUGGUCUGUUUUCGGUUAAAUCUUGUUAUUCUUGUUUAUUAUCUUUAAAACAGGUUGUUAACUUGGAUGCUAAAGUGUUGGAUGCCAUUCAAAGGUUGUGGGGAACGGAUAUUCCAUCUAUGAUUAAAAUUUUCGGGUGGCGGUUAUUGUUAAAUAAACUUCCAACAAGGGCUACUCUUAAUCGUAGAGGUAUUUUAACAAAUCCUCAUGAUUUGCCCUGUGCUUUUUGUUUUCAGCAAAUUGAGGACGACACACAUCUUUUCUUUUCGUGCCGAUUCAGUAAGGAAGUAUGGCGCAAUGUUCUGCUUUGGCUUCGACAUUCUUUUCAACCGGGGGUUGAAGGUACGGAUCAUUUUUUGUUAUUUGGUGAUCUGUUUAAAGCAAAAGAUAAGGGGCGGGUUCGUCACUUAGUUUGGUUGGCAACCACUUGGAAUAUAUGGAAAUACAGGAAUAAUACUAUCUUCAAAGGAGCCAUCCCGGACGCGUCGUCGCUAUUAGAGGAUAUUAAGUUUUUUUCUUGGCUAUGGUUUUCUCGUCGUUAUGGCCGUAAUACUUGUAUUCCAUUUCCUAGUUGGUGUUUUGACCCGGUGUCUUGUUUUCAAAGUUCUUGA